CUGUUCUUGACGCUGAGCCACCGUGCCAUUGUGAUGCUGCGUGGAAGCUGUAGCUGCACUUCCCACAUGGCCUCUCCAGCCAGCCGGGCACCUCAGAUGAGAGCUGCAUCCAGGCCACCACCUGCAGCUCAGCCACCAGCAGCAGCUCCCCCAUCUGCUGUUGGCACACCUGCUGCUGCUCCUCGUCAGCCAGGCCUCAUGGCCCAGAUGGCAUCCACUGCAGCAGGUGUGGCUGUGGGCUCUGCUCUUGGAUACACAAUAGGUUAUGCCAUCACUGGGUGUUUCAGUGGAGGUAGUAAUGCUGAGCCCGCAAGGCCUGACAUCACUUACCAGGAACCUCAGGGAACCCAGCCAGCAUACCAGCAGCAGCAGCAGCAGUUUGGCCCAUGCCACUAUGAGAUGAAGCAGUUUUUGGAGUGUGCCCAGAACCAGGGUGACCUCAAGCUUUGUGAGGGUUUCAGUGAGGUGCUCAAACAGUGCAGAUUUGCAAAUGGAUUAGCCUAAUCAAGAAGUUCAAAUUGAAGGCAUGGAAAAUCAUCUCUCCUGACGAAGUUAAUUUAAUACAAAAAUAUAAAAGAUAGUGAAAUGCAAGUAUAAAGCUACCAGC